AUGAAUAAAAAAUUAUACAGCUUGUUUGUUUUCAUAUAUAUAAUAAUAGCUUAUUGUGCUACUGUUCAAGGAAAUAGGGGCACCAAUGCAAAAAAUGGUGGAAAUGACCCAAGUAUGAUCAAAAAGAGAUACCAAAAAAACUAUAACAAAGGCAAUAAGCAUAUGCAAAGAACUGAUGAGGAUGAUACAGAAAAUAAUGAAGAAUUUUAUGAAAAUUAUAAAAUUAAUAAAGCAUUAAUGCAUUCAGUUAAUGAAAACGAAAAGGAAGUAAUCAAAGGGUUCCAUAAGAUAUUAAAAAUGCAUAAAGCUCUCACCUUUGGUAUAUUCACAUUAGUUACUUUGAAUAUUUUAGCCAUUAUUAGAGGAUAUUUUGCAAGCAGUAUUUCAAGUCCGAAUUCUCAUAUUUCCCAAUUAAUAGACAACGCAGUAGAUAAUAAGAAUCAAAAGUCGUAA